AUGGAGGACGCAACCCAAGACUCAAGUAUGGAAGAAGCGAUGCGAGCAGCCGCAGAGAGGGCAGCACAAAUCACAAUGACGAGAUCAAGGUUGGUGGCACUUGGCCAACCUCCGGGCCCCCCUCUCCCAGCUUCACGACAGGACAACUCGUUAGCCACGCUGGCUAAAGCCUCCACCAAUCGUACCAACAAUCCGGUCAACACCUCCUUGCUGUCUGUGAUACUGGAAGACAUCAAUGGAGACCCAAUCCUCGACGACGCAGCCGCAAUAUCACAAGGCUCCUUAAUUGGUUCAGACGCCAAUGACGAAAUCUCGUGGGCUCAGAUGGACAAGGGGAAAGGAAGAGCCCUAAGCCGGACGAGCCCAACCCCAUCAGAAAACAGCAGGUUAUAUCCAGAGACUCCAAGGAUCCCAAGACAGUGGAGUAGGAGAUGUCUGAUACAGAGAGUUGUGUUAGCAGGAAACCUAGAGAGGUCGCAACGUGAUCGACUAGAGCAGAGACUUACAUGUGAUACCCUGACAGAUGAAUCGAGCACAAUCAGUGCCAACAAAAGAGUUGAGCUGUUGUUCCGGGCAGGGGAAUAUGCUGAAGCCAACACCCUCCUAAACAAGCUACUCGGCCCCACGAACGGAGACACGGGCAGUGUGAUCAAUGAGAGAGGCGAGAGGGUGCCGAUGGCCAGUGGCAGCGGUCAAUCCAGACCCCAACCUCGGAUGGAGAACAGUCAACUCCCUAGGUCCCAAUCAUACCAGCUCCUGGCGGGGGACUUGUCGUCCAGAGAGGAAAGCAUCGAUGACCUACCCCUAAUCAAUCGGUCAAGGUUCAGCACAGCCAGAGGAACAAGGUUUGAAGAACCUACACACUCUAACCACCGGGGGCCACGUAACGACCCUCAUCCUCACCAAUCGAUCAGACAUCCUUCCCCCCCUCUUUAUCGCCCAAUUCCGGAUACUCGCCUCCACCAACCUAGCCGGCAAGAAGCCCAAGCCCUCUUCCCUCAACCUGCACCAAGCAGCCGUCAGAUAACGGCUCCAAGCCUCCGAACGAUCCAUCCGAUCAAAACCACGGAAGACCUUGCCGAGGAGGAGCAGGUGAAGACCCUCCUAGCUGCGAAGAAAGGCAGAUUGGUGCUAAGAAACAGCGACGUGGUGGAAAACGGACAAUACCUAGUGAACAACGAGUCAGAAGAAAUGGAAAAUGGACUCACUCCGUUAUCUCCAGUCCUGACACACUGGUUGAAGACCUUCAAGUCGUAUAUCCCACUUACGGCUUUCAACAAAUUCUUCGUGGUGGACGACCAGCAAGAGUGGAGUCGGCGGAAAGCCCCGACUGAGUCGAAGAUAGACAAUGGUAGUGCCUCACUACGCAUUUACGGCGGUCCACCCCCUCCGGAAGAGCUGAUGAUGCAAUUUGAGGAAUGGAUUGAUGCCAUGUCACUAUUCAUCAAAUACGUGGCAGAUGCAGGAUGGGUCACUUUACCUGAGCGUUUCGAAGGACACCGUGGAGUGGUGACGAAACUUAGAGACAAUUUUGGAUGGAUGGUGGCAUUGCGUUACUGCCGGAGGAGCCGUCAAGGUGUCAUGCAGGAGACGACUGAUAACAAGAUCAAGAAUUUCAGUAAACUCCAAACGGCAAUCCUCGACGAAGUGAGAUUGACGGUCGAUGCAUGGCAAGAGCGAGCUUACCGUACGAACUCUUACGCGGCUGGAGGCCUAUUGGCACACAUGAACCCCUUGUCUGGUCUCCCUCGAACAUCAUCCAGUUCAUCUACGACCAUCAAGAAAACUCAACCACAAAUCGAGUUGGCCUCUCAUAGAACAAUAAAGACAGAAGGCAAGCCAGCGGAUUGGAUCCCCUCUUAUAAGUGGCGCACGAUGUCGGCAGAGGAAAAGGAGGAUGCGAAGAGAGAGUCGGGGAGAAGAGACACAAGGAGUAGUCGCUGA